AUGCCGUGCUUCAAAGGCUUGGCCGUGAGCAUCCACACUCCGGACGGCCCGAUAUCCGAAUACUCGAUCCAGCGACAGUCGCGAGCGUCACGCAUAGCUUGCUUCAUUCCGGUUCCACCUCCAAAAGUCCCAGACGCCUCGUCCAAGGGUAAACCCGAACAAUCGACCUUUGCAAUCUCCAUCACCCUCCUGAAUUCCGGCCAGGAUGUCCCGUAUUCGACCCCGAAGCCGACAGCCGAUUGCCCCUCUCCCAAACCCAAGGUUGUCGGAGGCCUGCCGGACCAGACCGGCGAGCGCGGUCAAUACUCCGGAUCGGUCGCACCGUACCAAGCGUUGACGAACUCACCGAACGAGACCGUGGCAGCGUACAUCUACUUCGAUGGCCGACAAAAGGAGGAGGUGGCUACACUACUACGGAGAGGGGAGGAGACGUGGGUGAACUCGCGCUGGGUGAGCGUGCCAGAAUCCGAAGGCGGCGGUAUCGCAGAGCGCGAGUUCCUGUUCCGCGAGGUUGGUCUGGAGCGCUGGCUGAAUGGGCUGGACCUGGAGGGCAAGGACGCCGCGGCCAAGAUUGAACGACGGCGGCAGAAGAUGGAGAAGCGCCGGGCAAAGCGCGAGGCGGAUGAUGCAAAUGGCAUGGAGUCGGAAGCGAGCAGCUCCAAGCCCAAGGAUGUCAUGCGCUAUGGAAAUGACGAGAAAGCACCUUUGGAAAAUGUCUCUGAUGAUGACUUCUCCUCUGAUUCCGAUGAUGAUGACCCCAUUCCCGAGACGACCGGCCAGAUCAAGGUUGCUUUGUUUCGCGUGCUGGCUUCCGGCGAGAUCAAGCGGGGAGAGUACUCUCCGCAGUUUGAUGCUCAUGAUGACGAUGAAGAAGGUGGCCAAGGGAAUAAUGGCAGUAAUGGAGAUGCCGAUGUCGACCAUACGACUAGUUUCGCGAAGCCCAAAACACUGGAUCCAAAAUCUAUCAGCACCCAGACAGUGACUGGCAUUGAUCCUACAGACAAACCCUACGCCAUUUUCACUUUCAUGUAUAGAGGCGAACGGCAAUUGCAAAAGAUGGGCAUACUGAAAGACUCCAAGGUGCAAGAUACUCCCGCAGCCAAGCGGAAAUCACUACAGGCAGACUUUUCCAAUCUUGGUCCCCUCAAGUCGGAAGGAACUGUUGGAUUCCUCAAUUUCCGUGACCAUGACAGUGGCCGGAAGGGCAGCAAAGCCAAUGAUGAUGAGAUGGAUAGUGACGAUGAUGACACCGACAAUCCCAUCCUAGGGAAGGCAGACGAUGAAGAGGCAAAGGAUGACGGACGGUUCCUUUCUCCUGAUGAUAUUAAGCGCCAAGGAGAGCUGGCCGAGGGUGUUGAAAGGAUUCACCUUAAGCGUCAACACUCUGCCGAGCCCCUCUCUAGCGGCGGUGCUACAUCUAUUGAUACGCCUGCUUCAGGAACUACACCUCCUGCCAGCACUGGACGUUCUACUACGCCGCCCAAGACUACCCCCGCAAAACCAGCGGAGCCUGUUCAACCCACUGGGGAUGUUCCUGAGGCUUUCCUGGGUAGCCCUUUGAAGAAACAACGGGCCAGUGUCUCGGGUGCUGACGAGAACGCCCUGCGUCGUCGGAUUGCCGAGACAUCAGGUCGCAUCAACGAAGUUCUGGGUGACAGUAAUGAGAACAAGACGGCCAGCACGGGGCCAUUCGGCGACAAGAUCGCUUCGCAGCCACCAGCCAUCAUGUCGCAGAACGAGGAUGAGGAGCUAUAA